CUCGGAUCGCAUUGGCAGCCGGUUCUCGCACAGUCAUUGGGUCCACCUCCGCAUCUGUGUGCCCUCGACAUCCUCGCCCGCAUUGCGAGGCUGAUCUUUGAUGUUGUAGUGGUCAUCCAGCCAUAGGUCAUCUCGUGCCUGUCUGCCUGUCUGCCCACUCCGUCAUCCAUUGCCACCUCGUGACUGCCCGACCGACGCCGUCGUGUCGCUACAUACCGCCGCCCGUAGCUGCAGCUGGGAGAUGACGAGGGUCGCGAGAGACUGCUAUACUAGCGACAGACUGAUGCAACGCUACCUAGAGACGCGCGACUCGCGAGCGACGGCGAACCCUUCCUGCGGCGGCAGCAGCAGCAGCACCUACAGCACGCGCAUCGCGACCGAAAGCAGCCGGUACAGCACGGCAUACACGCGGCGGGACUAUGGACGUCGGACCAGCGAAGAACGCGGAGGCAGUGCCGCCGCCGGGGUCGCGGCCCGCCAGUAGCAAAGACGACGACGAGAUGGAGAUGGAGGACGCGGAACACGAAAUGGACGAGGGCCCUUCCAAGAGAUCAAAGAAAAAGCGACGGGUCAUCAAGAUCACGGACAAGAAGUACGAGUGCCCGCAGCCCAGCUGUGGCAAGUCCUACUCUCGCGCCGAGCACCUGUAUAGGCAUCAGUUGAACCAUACGCCGAAACAGAUAUACUACUGCGAUUUUCCAGGAUGCGACCGCAACUUUGUACGGGCUGAUCUGUGCGCGAGACACAAAGAGCGCCACACGGCCAAAGGGUCUCAUCUCCAACGCAAGGAUGCCUUUAUGAACAGCCAACGACAGCAGCAUGCGGGCUCCAUCACGGCAAACGACUCUGUGAUCUCUGGAGCGACGACCAACAUUACAUCGUCGCCGGUGGACUCGGCGCAUCCUGGCCAACAGGCGACAUUCCAGGACUCGAACUCUUACAAUGCGCCUGUCGCACCACAAAAUCAGAGCCCGUAUGCCACUGCAGGCGAUCAACAGCACUAUCCUGACCCAUCGCAGCAGACCCAACAGCUUCCUUCGUUGCAGUCGGUGCAGCAUGGCGUCGCGCCUGGUGGGGAUUCACAGCUGGCUGCCACCGGAUCGUACAAUGUUUACCAGAACACCUUCACCAACGGACAAGACAUGUCAUCUCAGUCGUCCAGUGACGGCCGGCGCUACAGCAUGGACAACAAGUUCGGCCGCCCUGGGCCGAUGACGAAUCGCUACACGCAACCACUUCCCAUGCAUCCACCCCCAGUUCCUGGUCAACAGAUUUCAUCUGCAAUGUACACUCAACAGGCAUAUCAAGCGCCAGGCCCGGCAACCCAUGGUCAACAAUAUCAGACGAAUCUUGCGAAGACACCUCUGCCACCUCUGCCACCAUUUGGUAUGCCACCGCCAGCAAAUGCCAUGUCACCAUCUUCUGUUCAGUCAGGAUACGCAUACCAGAUGAGCGGCGCUGGACCUAGCAACAUGGUUCCAGAAUAUGAUAUUAUGGGUCAAUUCAUGGGUAGCUAUAAUGCCAUGCCCGUAUUUGGGACAGAUGGGUUCAACCGUUCGCCGCAGGCUAUAGAUGACAUGCUGUUUGCGAAUUUAAUGGAGAGCAGUGGCAUGGCAUUCGAUGUGCCCCCAUCGCCGCCUGAUGUGCCGUACGGCACGCAAAUGCCGGGUGCCCACUUACCAAAGGUAGAGGGCAAUGACGCGGCACUAAAUCAGUAUUCUGCAACGACGCAUGUGGACGACACUUCACCCAAGAUCUAUGCCAUGGACUUGAGCAUGCGCGAGUGCAGUUUGUCAGAGAAGAAGCAGAACCGACUCAUCGCGAUGACACGUUCAUGGGAGGACAUUGAGCGUAUGCCUGGGCGCAAGAUGAAAGAAGAAUUCAUGUCUGGCGACAUUACGGAUCCCAAGCACCCAUUGAGCAUGGACAUGCUCAAGACGUAUCUGACCAGCUUCUGGAUACACAUACAUCAGCAGAUGCCGAUCAUGCAUCGUCCGUCUUUCAAUGCAGACACAUGUCCUGAUUUGCUUUUGAUGGCGAUGAUGUGUCUAGGUGCAUGCUGCCUCGACCGCACGCACACCACCGAGCACAUCAGGAUCUGUGCGGAGUUGUCGUUUUUCUGCGCCUAUCACAUCCGGUGGGAGGUGUUCAAGGAUGCAGAGUUUAGACCCACGGCGAAACUUUGGACAUUUCAAACCAUGCUACUUCUCGAAUUGUUCGAGAAGAUGUACAGCACAAGAGUGCUACACGAAAGGGCACAUGUGCAUCACGCGACGACCCUCACCGUGAUGCGAAGAGGCUCCUCGCUCAUCGGCCGGGGUGCCAAUGAUGAGGCUCUUUCAGAUCCGACCAGAACGCCACCGGGACCCGACGGCAGCAUCAACACCAGCGGCCAGAACACACCGGACGCGUGGUGGAAUCGAUGGAUCACUGCAGAGGCAACUCGACGCGUUGCAUACGCUGCAUUUGUCAUCGACUCGACCCACGCGACUCUAUUUGGGCACUCUGCUAUCAUGUCUCCGCAUGAUUUGCGUCUGCCUCUGCCCUGUGAUGAGGCACUGUGGGCGGCCGAGAGUGGUGCGGAGGUCCAGCGUGCGGAACAGAGCCUUGCUGCCAAUGGUUUCCGCGGGACCACCUUUCUGGAAGGGCUGAAGAAGACGCUCAACGGCCAGAAGGUCCGGACGAACGUAUUCGGGCGGGUCAUAUUGAUGGCGGGACUGCUCAACGUGACAUGGCACAUGAACAAUCGAGACUUGCAGGUCACAGCCAUCUCCGCGCAAAGCUCCAUGGGAAAUCCGACCAGGUGGCGCACGAAUCUGACGCAUGCUUUCGACUUCUGGCGCCGUGACUUUGACGAGGCGUUAGUGAAGCCCGAACCGGCCGAGCAGACGAGCAACAAGUCGACUUGCCACAAGGACCAUCGUGACAAUGUUUUCGAGUCCCGGACGUGCCUGCAUAGUCUCGCGCACAUGGCGAUGCACGUGGACAUUGUGGAUUGUGAGAUGUUUGCAGGGUCGAAACGUGCGCUGGGACGCGUUGUAAUCGAGUCCGAUCGGGUCGGCGCGCAGAAACGCAUGCGCGAGUGGGCACAGUCUGCACGCGCGCGCGAUGCCGUGUAUUAUGCCUCGCGCUUCCUGAUUGAGGUUCUGAUGCCUGGUAUGAAUCCCGCGAAGCUGGAGGAACAGACACCGCAUGUAAUCACGUUCGCUUACAGCGCGAGGGACGACUACUUGCUGAACCGUCCUUACAUCCUGUACUAUGCCUGCAUGAUUGUGUGGGCGUACGGGUAUGCGCUGGACGGACCGGUUGUCGCACCGAACUACAGCCUCGUCAGCCCAGAGGCACAAGUGUGGGACAUGCAGCAGUAUCUGACGCGUAUUGGUCGCAUUGCAGGGCCCGACGACUUGAUGCAGAUGAAGGAUCGCAAUCACAUUGUUGGCCUUCUGAUAUUGAUGCGUGAUUGUUUUGAGAAACCGCGAUGGGAGCUCCUCCACGAAUCGAGUAUCAUGCUCGGGUCAUGCAUGGAGUUGUUGUGGCCUGGGAUUAAUCAGGAGCUGGAGCAGUACAAGAAUCAACAAGAAAAAAAUCUUCGACAUCAAUAUGCAUGAGUGAGUGCGUGGGCGGGCGGUACAGCGAGCAAAAAGAAAAAACCAAGGAAAAAUCAAUGCAUUACUGGGACGAGCAGGCAGGCAGGCCUCUUCUUGAUCAUGAUUACGAAACAGGAAAAAAGUAAACAGUGGAUGGCUAUCUGUGCUUUCGACAUGCAUCUAUGAUCUCGGGAUGGAGGGAUCUGGGGGAAGAAAACACACACACACACACACACACACACACAUUCAGAGCGGGGAAAUUAAUGGCGUACGAAUUUUGUGAUCCACUUUUUUUUGGGAUCUAUCUGGGAGGCAAUAGUGAUACCCUUGCAUCGAUGCGUAUGUAUUUGGACGACUUUUUUGGUGUGUUUUGUUGUUGUCGUCUUUGUGUGGCUUUUGGGUCGAUUCGGCUGUCCGUCUGGGUGGGUACCUACCUUGGUCAGUUGUGGAUGACUUUGGACGACAACAACAACAACACUAGGUAACAUUCAUUCGAUGGUGGUGGGGGAUGUAGGUAGUAG